AUGUUUGGUUCAAAAAUAGUUUUUAGUUUGUUUAUGAUCGUCAGUGUUUGUUACGGUGCUGUUGAUAUAAAAAAAUACUUCAAAGUAUGCGAUAGAAAUGCAAUAGAUGUGAACGACUGCAUGGCAGAGGCUGUGCGACAAGGCAUUGCAACGAUGAUCAAUGGCAUAGACGAGCUGGGAGUGCCACCCAUAGACCCUUACCUGCAGAAGGACUUUCGGUUGGAGUACAAGAAUAAUCAGCUCGCAGCGAAAUUGACUUUAAAGAACAUUUACGUGGAAGGUUUGAAGGAGGCCAUCGUUCAUGACGCCAGAUUGCGCGCUGAUGAUGACAAGUUUCAUUUAGAAGUGGACCUGAGUGGACCAAGAGUUUCAGUCAGGUCUGAUUAUUACGGAGAAGGACAGUUCAAUGCUCUGAAGAUUGUAGCCUAUGGACAAGUUAAUACUACUAUGACUGACUUAGUGUACACGUGGAAACUUGCCGGAGUCCCAGAAAAGAACGGCACUGAGACGUAUAUCCGCAUCAAAGAUUUCUACAUGAGACCCGACGUUGGCAGCCUGGUCACUCACUUCAGAAACGACAACCCAGAAUCUAGAGAAUUGACUGACUUGGGUACAAGAUUCGCGAAUGAAAACUGGAGAAUGCUAUACAAGGAAUUUCUGCCCUAUGCUCAAGCUAACUGGAACAGAAUCGGCGUCAGAGUAGCAAAUAAGUUAUUCCUAAAAGUUCCUUACGAUCAACUGUUUCCCACAUCUUCAUGA